AUGUUCGUCCUGCUCGCUCGUCGCCCUAGGCUGCGACGCGCACUGACGAUCCAGUCGCGGUCUGCCGGCCGUCGCGACGCUCGGGGCCGCUCCGACGACGCGCCGCCUCGCCGCUUUCCGCUGUGUGUGUUAGUGCGUGGAGCGGCGCAGGCGCGUUGGCUCGGGGGCGCGCACGGCACCAAGGUGGUCGGAGGCGGGGUGUUCCGUUGCUGCGUGCCCUGGUGCGGGGCGCGCGCGGCGGCUCCCGUUGACGAAGCCGACUAUGCCCUACGGGAUGGCAGCCUUCAACUCGACCAUGAUGAAUACGUCGUCCCAGAGCCCGUAAUCAACUCACCCCGCCCGAUCGGUCAACAAUCCCCUUUGCCGGGUAUCGAAGAGGAGGACGAUUCCGAUUGGCCUCUUGAGGACGCAACAGACGCAACACUCACACCUUCAUACAAAAGUACUAAGAGUAGUACAGAUACUGCUUAUACGUCAUCAAGAAGUUCGAGCAAAAAAAUUAGUUUCGGUAGCCCGUCGUCUGUGAAAAUAUGUUUGUCGGCGGCGGCAAGGAAAAGUAACAAAGCACGUAAGCGUGGCUCCGGUGCGGUUAGCGUGUCGCCUUCUCAGGCUGGCGAAGAGGUUGCGCUUACGUCGCAGCCAUCACACGGCAGGAUGCAGGCUGAACAAGGCAGUAUCGGCGAGCUGCAGAAAUAUCAUGGCAGAUAUCUUAAGAGUCGACGUCACACUCUUGCUAAUGUCCGGUGA